AAGUGUUGUUGUGAUUAGUUGAUUGCGAUUCUCCGUUACAAGUAUCGGCAUUCACGCUUUCUCCACGCCACAUUUUCUUGAAUCAUGGCUUCGAAAGGGAAGAAACAAGGGAAAAAGAAGGGGAAGACCCUAAACCUGACCGAGUUCCUGGGUGGGGAGGGGGGAGGUGCCUACAAGGCCCCGGGGUCAGGUGCGACAACAACUGUAGCAAUAGCGAGCACCUGGGCAGAUGAGAUGGAUGAUGAUUACGAGGUUUAUCCUUCAGAUAGAGUUAAACAACAGGUUGUAUUACCAACUGCACCUCGUGCAGCGCUUGGGCCUGAUAUUGAUGAUUCGCAGAUUCCUCGUUCCCCGCCUUACACGGCGUACGUGGCCAACCUGCCCUACGACGUGGACGAAGAACAAGUCCGAGAUGUCUUCGUUAAAUGCAAACUCAAGAUUCUGUCUGUCCGAUUGAUGAAGGACGAGGGAGGACGACUGAAAGGGUUUGGAUAUGCUGAUUUCGAGGAUAGAGAUUCUCUGAUUGAUGCUCUCAGUUUAACAGAUGCUUGUGUCAAUAACAGGAAGAUGAGAAUAGAUUUGGCGUCCGGAGCUGGCAAGGAGGGAGAGAGAAGAGGGGGAGGAUUCGGAGAUAGGAAUGAUCGUGGACCCCGUGAGGAGGAUCCUGAUGCAGGACGAUCAGAUCAAUCAGAUGAUUGGAGACGAGGACCACCCCCACCACCUAGGGAGUCAGACAGGGAUAGGGACAGAGGCCGAGAUAAUGACGGUGGAGGUCGAGGGUUUGAUAGAUAUGAGCCAGCCAGGGAAAGAGGAGGAUUCGGAGGAUUCAGCAGAGAUAGAAAUGACAGAGAUGAUCGUGGAGGAGGCCGUAGCUUUGGAUUCGGAAGCCGUGAUGGAGGUCGUGAUGACCGUUACGGUGACCGGAGGAGAAGUCCAGAGCAGCCGAAAGAGAGACCAAAGCUUAACCUCGCUCCUCGCACAAAACCAAAGGUAAAGAUCUUAACUUGACUUACCAGUCAUUGA